CAUGAUCAAAUGGGGAGGAAGAGAAACGAUGUCCAUGAUAACCAUACGUUUGCCCCUCAGAUAAGUGAAGCAAGCAAACGUAUUGCAGCUCGACGUUUGCAAAGUUUAGAUGGAGGGGUGCCACAUUUUAUGUUGAAUAUCAAAUGCAGAGAGCCGCUUGCACCCAUCCCCUCUAACUCUGACAAGCAGAAGAUACCGACGAUUUGUGAUGAAGCCAACGAAUCUGAUCGGGAAUCGAAGGAUGAGUUAAUUUCAGAUACCGAUUUAAGCUCUCCUAAAUUAUCAGAGAAUUGCAUAAAAUUUCCGAAAGAUAAAAAGGGCGGGUAUGCUCUUCGUACCGGGACUAUGGCCACAAAAGCGAAUGUUUUAUUAGACGACAGCAUCUUUACGUUCCGUCCAAAAGUCAGUAGUGCUAGUGUAAAAAUUGUUGAAAGUCUAGGUACAGAUUUUAUGUCCAGACAGCAACAGCAUUUGGAAAGACAAAAAAAGCAUAUUGAGCAAGCGCCUAUACACUUUUCAAGUUAUUCUGGGCGUCUUUCACCUGUUUUGGCAAAACCUGGGAAGAAAACAAUCAAACCUAGAGAGGUAAUUAUAUGA